AUGACAACCACGUCAGCUACUCCGGAGCCCUCGAAAGCUCGGACUGGCGCUUUGCGACAUAAGCCUACCGCCUCGAAUGCUCCCGGAGCUGCGAUGCCGACAAACCGCCGCCUCAACCGUACAUCUACGGUUGAUCCGUUGUCUGACCGAGCAACUCAGGCGCUCAUCCGUAAAGUGCUUCUACCGCAAGAGUCGGGUGACAAGGGUCGAGGUUCGCAAACGCCAAUAGAAGAGCUACUGCCACCCCUCACGAGCCGCAACGACGUCGAUCUACAACUCUACGCCUUUCUUGCCAUUGUACUGCGAGAGUUUGUACAGAGUUGGUACAAUAAGAUCACACCGGAUGAAAGCUUUGUUGCCGAGAUUAUCCAUGUCAUUGCGCAUUGCACGCGAGCCUUGGAGCAGCGGCUGCGCGAGUUGGAUUUGGAGAGUCUGCUCUUACAUGAGAUUCCCGAGAUACUAGACAGACAUAUCACAACGUAUCGCUCUACACAUCCGGAUCAGACAUUUCAGCCAACCCUCGUUAAUGGCCGGGAGGCAUAUCACGCUCUUUGGCCACUGCCACUCUUGUCACCUGUUCCAAUCUCCGGCGACCCCAUAACGACCUCUAAGCAGCUCAGGAACGAAGCAGCAUAUCGGCAGCUACUAGUGCAGGCCGUUCUCACCGUUCUGCUCCCAACAGAGGACUUGGAGAAUCCAUGUCUAACAGCACUAGUUGAGCAGAUUUUCUCCGAGCUGAUUAUUGGAAAUGCUAUAGCAAACAAGGCAGUCCAGCCGUGGCUGCUGUUUGAAGCCAUUUGCAUUGUUGAGCGCGUUUUGGCCGAGAAGAGGCAGGGAAGCAAUGGCUUGAAGACCUCGGGAGUAGAAACUCACCUCAGAAGCCCCCGCAGCUGGUCUGUCCAAGGAUUCUUCGUCUCGAUUAUUCAAUUCGCGCUUAUAUCCAUGUCUGCAAUCCGAUUCGCCUUCAACCUGAUAACAAUGUCGUCAUCACUGCCGCCUCGAAGACCGAUGGUGUCCGACAAGAAGCUGGCGCCAGAGGUUUCAGUCACCGACAACCAAUCCACACCGCCUAAAGUACCAGUGUUGUCAUUCAGCGCAUGGAGCUGUUUAGGCAAUGUGAUUGAACUACAGAGCAGAAUGCCCUGGUUAGGCGGCUUUUUGUCUCUCCUUCAGCUCGAAGUAACUCAUGGGCCGGGUCGCGUGGCAGGGCUCGACGGCGUCCUGGACAGGUAA